GCAGCACAACAUGGCCUACAAGUUCACCUGCUCUCUGCUCCUGAUCGCAGCCAUUGCUUCCGUUUCUCUGGCGGAACCGGUUAGGUUCCGAGGCCGAUCCUCUCGCUUCCAGUUUGCCCGUCAGGAGCAGGCUCCAGAGGAUCAGUCGGCUCCGGCAGAUCCCUCUCCCUCCGUGGAUAUUGCCCCCACUCCGGCCUCGGCUCCUUACCCCCCAGCGGGAGUCACACCGGAAGUACCCUUCGACCUGCCCACGGAGACGGAAGCUCAGCCCGAUCUGACCUACGGACCGCCAGCUGAGCCGGACAACACCUACGGACCUCCGGAUAACACCUACGGACCCCCGGCAGAGCCCGAUAACACCUAUGGACCGCCGGCAGACAUCGUCCCAGUUGACCAGGCUCCUGUGGAUGCUGCGGAACCCGUUCCCGCCAGUCUGAUCCAGCCUCGUAAUGGACGCCUUCGCAGCCGUCGGCCCGUCCCGGAAAAGCUCCGAAACGCCCAGAUCAUCCGCUCCUCACCAGUGCUGGUAUAUUCCAUCUAAAAUGGGUCAGCCCAAAUUUGUUGAUAUACAAAUGGAA